AUGAAAUCCAGCAGAAAUUUCUUAGCAUUGAAAAAAGAUGAUGACACAUACAUAAUCAAUGGCAGAUGGCCAAGGAGCUCACCAGGACAGUAUAAAGCUUCUGAUACUGUAUUUCACUAUAACAGGCAUGCAGGAAAGUCAUGUGUUGGAGAAUGCCUUCAUGCUCAGGGUCCUAUUGCAGAUAAGUUAAUAUUACAGCUGUUGGCUUAUGAUAGAAAUCCUGGCAUUUUUUAUGAAUACACCAUUCCAAGUGGAAUGGUUCCUAAAAUACUACACAAAAUGAAGAAUAUACGUCCUCCUCCUCCCAGGCAAAUACAUCCACAACCCCAAGCAUACAGUGGACAAUUCUACUCUCAGACAUGUGGAGGAGGAACUCAAGAGACAAGAAUUUUAUGUGUGAAGAUGAAUUCACAAGUUGUGGUAACUGAUGAUAAUUGUGACCCAGACGAGAAAUUACCCACCCAGACAACAGCUUGUAACACCAAACCUUGCCAGGCCAGAUGGACACCUUCAGAAUGGUCCCCUUGCAGUGUUUCUUGUGGAGAGGGUAAAAAGACUCGCCACGUUGAAUGCCAAGAAAAAAUUUCACCUACGUUUUCUAAAAGAGUGUCAGCAACAGUUUGUCUAAAUCAAACAAGGCUUCCCACUGUAACUAAAUGUGUUGAGAAACCCUGUUCUCAGUGGGUUGUGAAAGAAUGGUCAAAAUGUUCUGUAGAAUGUGGCCUUGGUCACCGCAAAAGAGAAGUAAGAUGUGUGGGUGCUGAUGACAAGGUCUUGACAGACCGCAAAUGUACUGAACCCAAGCCAACCACCUCAGAUGUUUGUGAUAUGGGUUCUUGUGCAAAAGCUUGGUUCUUCACAGAGUGGUCAAAAGAGUGUUCUGCUUCUUGUGGACAUGGGUUACUCCACCGAAAAGUCCAUUGCUCUGCAGACAAUGGUGAAAGCCUACCAGACAAUAAGUGUAAACAAAACACCAAACCAAAGUCAGAGAAAACUUGCAAGAGUGAGCGUCCAUGUGGAGGAUUAUGGUUCACUGGACCAUGGUCAGAGUGUACAGCAACAUGUGGACAGGGAGUAAAAGUACGUGAUGUAACAUGUGUCAACAAAUUAAACCGGAAUUCUUUUACUGUUGCGGAAGAAUCAAAUUGCCUAAAAGAGGAAAAGCCAGCAACUGAAGAACUGUGUGAGACACUCCCAGAUUGUCCUCCUGAAUGGUACACCUCACAAUGGACAGAGUGUUCUGCAAGCUGUGGCACUGGCUCCAAGUCUCGGGAAACAAAAUGUGUUGAUGCUAACUUAAAGCAAAGUAUUUUGUGUGAUAUCAGUGAGCGACCAGUCACCAGGCAAAGCUGUAAUACAAAUUCAUGCUUACAGAUUCCAUUAAAUACAGACCCAAUGUGUCGUGAUCAUAUGAAGCAGUGUAAAAUGGUGGUUCAAGCUCGCCUCUGUCCAUACCCUUACUACAAACAGAGAUGCUGUGAAACUUGCCGUAAACAUUAUCAUCACCAUCAUCCUUCUUAA